AUGCUUGAAGAUGAUGAGGCAGAAGAUGGAAGCAUUAACUUUGGAGAAUCAUUCAUGGAUCCUUACUCCAUGAGUAUAGAAAGGAGACCGAUGAAUGAAGAUCCAGAACGUGGCCGAAGAUACGUAUAUGAACUAAUUCAUGGUCAUGAGAAACAAUGCUACGACAUAAUUCGGAUGUAUCCACCGGUGUACAUCAAACUAUGUGAAAAACUUAAGGAGGACCAUCACUUGAUGGAAACCGAUGAAGUAAGCAUCCAGGAAAGCGUUGCAAUUUUUCUCACCAUAUGCGCUCAAAACGGAACUCAGAGGUAUGUUGGAAAAAUAUUUGGUCAUUCACAAGAAACCAUAGGCAGAAAAUUUCACGAAGUGUUGAAUGCCCUCGAACACAUGGCGGUUGAAUUGCUUAGACCUGGUCCAGAAGAGCUCAAUCAACCUCAUCCAAAGUUACAAUCUGACAGAAGGUACUGGCCUUACUUUAGAGGUUUUAUUGGUGCAAUAGAUGGAACACAUGUUCCGGUCACUGUUGCGGGAAAAAAUUCAGAAAAAUAUUGGAAUAGGAAAAGCGGCACAAGUAUGAAUAUCUUAGCAAUAUGCAAUAUGGACAUGUUGUUUACAUAUGCGUAUAUUGGUAUUCCCGGGUCUGCUCAUGAUGCUAAGGUUCUAAUGCUAGCGAUGGAGGGGAAUCAUCAAUUUCCAACUCCACCUAUGGGCAAAUAUUAUUUGGGAGAUUCUGGUUAUGCUCUUCGACCUGGAUUCCUUACUCCAUAUCGAGGGGAAAGGUACCAUCCUAGCGAAUAUAAUAGAGCUAGACCACCAAGUAGUCACAAAGAAAUGUUCAAUAAACGACAUUCUUCACUGCGAUCUGUCAUCGAACGGACUUUUGGUGUAUGGAAAGCAAAAUGGCGAGUUUUAAGAGAAAAACCAAGGUAUGCCAUACAUGUUCAACGAAAAGUUAUUGCUGCAACAAUGGCAUUACAUAAUUUUAUUAGGUUAUCAAAUCUACGAGAUGUUGACUUCGAUUCAGACCGCAUAGCUAGUAAUAUAGCUGAAGAAGAUUCUGAUUCAGAUGAAGAAUUAGAGCAAAACAAUACUCCAAUGCAGUAUAUGGAAGGGAUUCGGGAUGAAAUUUCUGCAUCAUUAUGGAGUUCUCGAUGA